AAUGUCUAGCAAUUCUGAUUCUUAAAUGCCAUUUAACAGUGAAGAUUCAGAAAUCAAACCUGAGAGUUCAUCUUUCGUUAGUAAAAAGUCACAAAAAAUCAAAAAGAAGGAACGAAAAUAGAAAUAACCUAAUUGGAAUCCUGGAAGACCUGGUAAACCCUAAAUUUCACAAUUACCUUUUGAACAAGAUUUAUUUAUGUAAAGUAGUAUGAAAAACAUAUGGUUUUGUACUGAUAUUUCUAUGAAAUGUUUGAUAUACCUAUGUAAAAAAGGAAACAUGAUCCUAAAAAUAAAAACAGGGAAACCAGCAGAAUCAGUUAAGAAAGAUUUCUUAAAUCUUUUUGGAAAGACUAAUAUCAAAUCCUAUAAAAAAUAUAAGAAAGAAUUUAAGAAAAAACUUAAGGUAUUAUUUAUUCUAUUCAACCAAGGAAAAAAACAUUGCUAUAUUGAAACAUUUAGGCUAUUCAGAAAAAACAACCUAUCUAUUUUUAUCUAAUAAUGAAGGAGAUCAAAUAGACCUAAAGUUAGAAUGUGUUACAAAUUCAACAAAAUAAGGCCUCUUAUCACUUAUUAGAUAUUUAUCUCCCUAAUUUACAUAUACAUAUAAAGUAAUUGUUGAAUGUUUCUAUUCUUGUUUGGCCUUAAGUUAAGAAGAUAAUUAAAAUACAAUUAUUGAUACUAUUGUUGAUAAAUUAAAGUCAGAUAAAGAGAAUCAUAAAAUGAUCUUUGAUAUGCAGUUAAUUUAAGAACUCUUAUUAUAUGAUUUUGAACUUUUGAAUUAAAUUGUACUAAAAUUUAUUAUAUAAUAGGAAAAUGAUCCUGAAAAAGCUAAUUUAUAUCAAAGAUCUAAUAUGAGUGUUAAUGUUCCUAAUUUUAACACUAAUUUCUAUAAAGACUAAGUUGAAUCUAUUGAAUAAUAUUCAAAUUGGAUUAAUACCUUUAUUAGUGAAUUUGUAGAGAUUUUAAAAUAAUAUUAAUGA